AUGGUGAAGCCUUCUUCUGAUCGUCCCGCUAUCGUUCGUCUGCACAAGGCCUGCCGCCCACCCGCCACGAUCGCUAAGCACCUCGGCAUCCACCGCAGCGACGUGUAUCGCACAUUCCAAGGUUAUGGAGACCUUGGUGAGCUCCAAGGCCGCCCAAGAAGUGGAAUACCUCGUAUUGCUCGCACACCGAAGGUCGUCGAGGCCGUCAGAAAGCGGAUAGCGGGAAACGCGACUGGGAGCGUCUCGACGAUGGCUCGCGACAUGGGAAUCGCGGAAGUCGUCCAAGCGUGGUGCAAGAGUGAACGUCCCGACUUCAUCUCGGCCAUCCCACUGGACUACAACUUGUGGUCCUACCUUGAGAGCAACGCCUGCGCCACUCCCCACCCCAAUUUGGAUUCUCUGAAGGCAGCGCUCAUCCGAGAAUGGGAUGGAAUCGACGACGCACUCCUGCGUACGGUCAUCGACGCCUUUCCCAAGCGACUCCGCGCUGUCGUCCGUGCCAAAGGUGGCCGAAUCGAGAAGUAA